GUUCCUCGUGAAUAUCUUUUGCUUCUUGACUUUCAUCGUUUUUCAAGGGAAUUUGUGUCAAUUCUUUUUAUUCCAUGGCUUAUAACCGUGACUGGGAUAAAGGAAAGGAUAACUGGGGCGACAGUGGGGCAUGGGCUACUGACAGAGGAGGUAGAGGAAGGGACGAUGACUAUGGGGAUGGGAAGCGUAGGAAAUUCAACAAUGGCGGAUACGACACGAGCAAUGCCUACCAAGAAUACAGCUAUGAGGCCUCCUACAACCAACAGUCUCAGAGCAGACCACAGGACUUUGCACAUGAUCAGUCUCACGACGACAAGCACCAGAAAGGCUUUCAAGGGAAAAAGCGUCUAGUUCCUAGCGAACCCAGUCCCCACGUCAUCUUCCUAGGACUGGAUCCCGACUUUUCUGAGGCGGAUCUGCAGGCAUACCUGUCCAACAAUGGGUGCAACAUUGAAACGGUCACCAUUAUAAGAGACAGAUCAACAGGUAUCUCAAAGGGCUUCGGCUUUGCCCAGUUCGCGAGUGUUGAACAUGCCCGUGCAUUUGUGGAUCCUAUUUUCCCGUUUAUUCAGGUCCCUCCACCCGCUUCGCACGGCGCUUCAGCGACAGCUACAUUCUAUAAGGCCCUUGAGACCGGCAUUCCCCACAAUGGUCGACGGGUCAAGAUCGACUACUCGCAAAGUGCUUUGCCUGACAAAGCUCGUGGUCGCCAGAACAUGAACGACGGCACGCGUGACAUUGGCAAUACCCAAGGGCCAGUGCUACUUUUCCGUGGUCUAGAUCCGCUGUCGGGACCGCAAGCGAUUGCUCAGGCCAUGAUGAAUUCAGCAGGCCCCGGGAAAAAUGGAGCUAAAGGCAUGAAACGCAUUAUCCUCAUCAAAGAUAGGGUCACAUUGGCCAGCUUCGGAUUUGCAUUUGUUGAGUUUGUCGACAAUCAGUCCGCAGCUUCAGUGUUGGCUACUAGCAUGUCUCCUCAGAUUCAUCCUUCGGGCUUUCGAAUCUCCGACAAGCCUGUUGCCGCUUCGUUUGCUCAUCAAUACUCAUUUCAACCAGUUGAUCAUAUGCUGCGCGACGAAACUGCAAUUUCGUCGUCCAUCAACCUGGGUGGAGUUGAAGGCGCAUUUGUAAAGUAUUGGGAUGACUCUGCCAUGGUUGCUGUCUUAGAAUUCAAAGUGGAAGAGCCUGCGCAACCCCAGGUCCAACCCUCAACUGGACCUGUCAAAGAGAAGAAGGAAAAGAAGAAGAAAGAUGAUGCUUUGCACAAACCUCCUGCGCCUUCAGUAUUGCCUAUCUCUGAUAAACCUGUCACACUCAAUUUCAACAGAGGCGCCCUUGGAAAUAAGCUCAAUGUAUCGACUGCAAAGGCUCCGGGACAGCUGUCACUGGGGUUUUCUGCUGAUGAUUUCGCUGAUGACGAAGAUGACGCCGAAGCGGCAAUCUCAACAGAAGAUAACAAAGUGACAGCGUCGAAGAUGGUCGCUCCGCUCAUCACAAGCAAGAAGACCGUCAGCAAUAUCCAGAAAUGGAAUCAGGUUCAAGAAGAACUCAAGGAUGGCCCGAAUGCCCAUGCACCGGUUCCACAGGCCAAUCCCCCGGCUGUUGUGACGUCGACUGUAGUCUCAACAGCACCAUCCAGAGCACCUUCUCCGGAACCUGUUGAAACCGAAUUCGAGUUCUCUGAUACCACUGCUAUGACAUGCUUACUUUGCGCCCGGCAGUUCAAGAGCCUUGAUCAAUUGAAGCGUCACAAUAAGGAGUCCAGUCUCCACAAGGCGCGCCUCUUGUUAAUGCAAUAUUGUCAGAGUGAGCUAACGAUUUCUUUCAAGAAUUUCAAGGACGCUAAUCUGAGAGACGUCGCACGGGAAAAAGCUGUAACUGCACGUCAGACUGCUGACAAGGCUCCCGAGCAACCCAAAUAUCGUGAUCGAGCAUCAGAACGACGUAUUAUGCAUAACCAGCCUGACGUACCUUUACCCGACAACAUUGUCAGUACAAUCGGUAAGAAGAGACGACAAGUUGAAGGCCCGCCCCCGCCCCCUUCACCCCCACCAGUGGUCAAUCCUGGACAGGAUGAAGCAAAUGUCGGCAACAAACUCCUGAAAAUAAUGGGUUGGAAGGAAGGUUCUGGGCUGGGCACCGAUGGCGAAGGCAGGGUGGAUCCAAUUCAAACAAAUAUUUAUGCACAAGGAGUAGGCUUGGGCGCCAGCAAAGGCAGGGAGUUAGGGAAGUAUACCGAUGGUUAUGCUGGUUAUGUGCACAUGGCACAGGAUGCG